CGCACGAAGAGCGGAGCGGAGAAGCGGGCUGCAUACCAACAGACAGGGCAGGACGCACAGAGCCCCCCCAACCUGCUCCAUGACAAUAAAUAAGAUCAUAUCUGAUGAACUCUGGGCGGUUUAAAUUCUACCACUGCUUUUUAUCAGAAUAUAUAUAUUUUUGUCAAGGUACAAAAAGACAACCAAGUGUGGAUUAUGUGUUUUUUUCUGCAUUAAUAUUUGACUGAAAGAGAGUCUGCGUCGGAGAAGACCGCCGGGAGGAAUCAAAGGGAAAAGUCAAGACUGAUGUUUUCGUCCAGUCACGUGUCGGAGAGUUAUUGCCGUUGACGUUCAUCCACUUUUUGCAAUAAACUGGUUUCCAUCAGAGAGGAGGAUUUACCAUUUUACAUCUGGCUGCAGAAAGAAACACGCAGAGAAAUCAAUCAGAACUCCAUCAUGGGCUGUCUUGGUUUACAGAACGCGUUUGCUGCUUUCGUCCUGGUCCUGCUCUCUAAAGGGUCCAGUGUGCAUGGAGCAGAAUUCGGACUCCUGCCGGACAAUAUUACAGUGUUGGAAGGCGACAGUGUGAUUUUGAGAUGUCGAAUCGAUGAGGAGGUGACCCACAAAGCCUGGCUGAACCGCUCUAACAUCCUAUUCACCGGAACAGAUAAGUGGUCGCUGGACAAGCGUGUGACGCUGCUCAACAGCAACAAUAGUGAUUUUUCCAUUCACAUCGAGAAGGUGCAAAUAACCGAUGAGGGACCCUACACCUGCACCUUCCAGGCCAAUAACAAACCUCGCAUCGCCAACGUCUACCUCAUCGUCCAAGUACCAGCAAGAAUCGUGAACAUCUCAAAAAAUGUGUCAGUGAACGAGGGGGAGAAUGUGAACCUUUACUGUUUGGCAGUCGGUCGGCCCGAGCCCACCGUCACCUGGAAAGACCAGAAAUAUGGGCUGGUGAGUGAGGGGGAGUUCUUAGACAUCACGGAGAUCAAGAGGCAGCAGGCUGAAGACUAUGAAUGCAUCACCCACAACGGCGUGGCGCCGUCAGACCAGCGCAAGGUCAAAGUCACAGUCAACUUUCCCCCCACGAUCAUAGACAUGAAGAACAUGCCAGCCCAUUUGGGGAAGACCGUCGUCCUGCGCUGUGAUGCGAUGGCCGUCCCACCAGCCUCCUUUGAGUGGUACAGAGAUGACCACAGGCCGGUAGAGAAUGACAACACCUUAAGGAUCAAAAAUGAGAAGACGUACUCACUGCUUCGGUUUACCAACGUGACAGAGAAGCAUUUUGGCAACUACACUUGCUUCGCCUCAAACCGUCUGGGCUCUUCCAACGCCAGCAUGCUGCUGUUUCGACCAGGGGCCCUCCAGGGUCGAGGGACCGGUUUACGUGCAGGGAUGAGUGUGAGCGUGUGCGUUUGGCUUUCCCUUUUUGCUGUUCUGCUCAAAGUGUAAUGACCACAGUGUGUUUGGAAUCGCCCUUAAACGUCCCCGGAAGCCCCACUUCCUCCUCUGCCCCCUCUGUCCCUCACAAUGGAAGGAAAAAGGAAAUGAAAUUCUUUAAUUACGAACCCAUCACUGUGAACAAAAAGAAUAUGCAUUAUUCCAGGAGCCAUCGAAUCAUUGCAUCAGACGCACGACAACUCCCUCCCCUCCCAGAAAAACCCUGCACCCUCAAUUCUACUUACUAUAAUGUACUUUUUUCUGUUCUUCCUCACACACAUACCAUUUGUCUCUUUUUUUUUUAAACCUUAGUAUUUCCCCUCAUCACCUUUAUUUUAUUUUUUUUUAUUUUUUUUACCACUGAUGUUGGUGUAAAGUGUAUAUUCCUGAUGGUGU